AUGUUCUUCAUCCAUGUCAGUUUUAUUGCUGAGUCUGCCAUCCUGCUGGCCAUGGCGUUUGAUCGGUACAUUGCCAUCUGCGACCCCCUGAGAUACACCAUGAUACUAACGAAGUCUGUGAUAGGGAAGAUGGGGCUGGCAGUUGUCACAAGAAGUUUCUGUUUCAUUUUCCCUGUCAUUUUUGUCCUGAAGCAGCUGAAUUUCUGCAGAACCAACCUCUUGCCUCACACCUAUUGUGACAUGGCCAUAGCCCGGGUGGCCUGCAACGACGUCCCAGUCAGAGUCUGGUAUGGUGUAGCUGUGGCUAUAUUAGUAAUUGGUUUGGAUUCUGUGCUCAUUGCUGUGUCUUAUGGGCUGAUCCUCAGGGCUGUCUUCAUGCUCCACUCCAAGGACGCCCGGCUCAAGGCUCUCCGGACCUGUAGCUCUCACCUCUGUGUCAUGCUGAUGUUCUACAUCUCAUCUGUUUUCUCCUAUUUUGCACACCGAUUUGGGCACAUCAUCCCAAGUUAUAGUCUCAUCCUACUGGCCAACCUCUAUGUACUCAUUCCCCCCAUGUUAAACCCCAUCGUUUAUGGGGUGACCAGAAAAGAGAUCCUGAAACGGGUGAUCUAUGUGUUUCAUCGGUGA